CGACAGGUGGCGUCAGAGUUAGUUUACUCCCUCAAUCUCGGGAGACUAAACGCGUCGUGAUGUUUCGCCCCAAAUGUCACUUUUAAACUUUCUGGGGGCAAAGAAAUAAGAAAUGAAAGCAGUGCAAUGAAAAUGUCGGUUUAUAAGAAAGUACACAAAUACAGGUGUCUACAAAAGAGUUUUUGCAAGAAUAGUGUGGACUGGAUGAGAGUGCAUAAUAGUGUAUUAAUGUACAGUACUCAUAAGAACCACCAGAAGCAGUCAUGAAACUUGACUUCUUUUGGAAAAGAACCAAGUUAUUGAUUAUUUAAAGUAGACUUUGGUGUUCCUCAUGCAGCAAAAUGUUACCUAUAGACUUUUUACUAAAUCUCUGAUGAAGAGCCCACCAUGGAGUAUACUAGACAUAUAGUGCAGGUGUUUGUUGGUGCCUUGUCACCUCACUUUGAAGCUCUCUCUAUAGAGGUCAGCAAGCAGACCUCAGCUCAAGAAAUCACCUUUUGUAUUGUGGAAAGAUUAGGUCUUUCCAAUCCACAGAAUUAUGAAUUGGCAGAAGUUAUUGGCAAUGCACAUGGUCAAGAGUGCAAAGAAAGGAGACUGGGCCCCUCAGAAUAUCCUGUAGCCUUACAGAUGCUCUGGCCCCAGACAUCCUCCACAGAAAAAGCAGAAGAGAAUGAGCUACAUGAAUACAGAUUUUGUCUCCGAGAAAAAAGCUCCUCUGAUUCUUUGUGGGCUGAGGCAAACCAGCUUGAUUCACAGUUGAUAAGAGAUUAUUUUUACAAAUUCUUGUAUCAACCCAAGGAUAAAGACUAUCCUGAUUUGUGUCAGCUUCCAAACCUCACUGAACAGACCUUGCUUGAAAACCUUCGAGCAAGAUUUCAGAGAGGCUACAUCUAUACAUAUGUGGGAUCCAUUCUCAUAUCUGUCAAUCCUUUCAAAUAUUAUCCAAUAUAUAAUCCCAAAUAUGUUAAGUUGUACCAAAAUCAUAGACUUGGUGAACUUCCACCACAUAUAUUUGCCAUAGCUGAUGCUGCAUACCACUCAAUGCUGAAACAAAAAUGCAACCAAUGUGUAGUGAUAAGUGGAGAGAGUGGGAGUGGCAAGACGGAAGCUACUCUCUUUCUGCUACAUCACCUAACCAUGCUCAGCCAGAAAGGAUCUCAUGGCAGUGGAGUUGAGCAGACCAUUCUCAGUUCAGGGCCAGUUUUAGAGGCUUUUGGUAAUGCUAAAACAGCCCACAACAACAACUCCAGCAGAUUUGGAAAGUUCAUCCAAGUCACCUACAAAGAAAAUGGUCUUGUGCAAGGGGCAUGUGUUCAGAAGUACCUACUUGAAAAAUCAAGGAUAUGUUCUCAAGCACGGAAUGAAAGAAGUUAUCAUGUGUUCUACUAUCUUCUUGCGGGAUCCUCUCCUCAGCUUCGUCAGGCUCUACAUCUUCUCAAGCCUUCAGAUUACCACUACCUCAACCAGAGUAAAUGCUUUACCAUUGAGGGCUUUGACGAACAGUUUGAGUUUGUACGACUAAAACAGUCAAUGGAAAUGGUUGGCUUCACUCCAGAUAAGCAACACCGGCUUUUUGCAAUCCUCUCUGCUGUACUCCUUUUGGGAAACAUCGAAUUUCAGCCAAAGAAGUCUACUUACCACCAUGAUGAAUCUGUUUCGGUACGGAAUCCUGAGCUGGUGGAGAACAUAUCCAGUCUGCUGGGGGUGUCUGAGGCAACGCUUAUGAAUGCCCUAACUUCCAAGAAGACACGUGUUCAAGGGGAAAUUCUAGUCAUGUACUAUCGAUUACCUGAGGCUGUUGCAGCAAGAGAUGCUUUGGCAAAAUGUUUGUAUGGGGCACUGUUUGACUGGAUUGUUCUUCAGGUGAACUACUCCUUAAUAUCUCUGAAGGAAUCUGCAAAUGAGAACAGUGCAAAUUCAAUUGGAGUGUUAGAUAUAUUUGGUUUUGAAGAUUUUGGCUUCUGUAAUAGAUUUGAACAGUUUUGCAUCAACUUUGCAAAUGAGCACUUACAACACUACUUCAAUCAACAUGUGUUUGAGUAUGAACAGGAAGAGUACCAGAGGGAAGGAAUUUUGUGGACUAAUAUUGAAUUCCAAGAUAAUGUUGAUUGUUUGGCUCUUAUUCAAGGAAAGCCAGAUGGCCUGCUUUGCGUCUUGGAUGAUUUGUGCAGUUUCCCGCAAGCUACCAAUGAGGCAUUUCUUCAAAAAAUCAAUAGUACUCAUAAAGACAAUGAAUACUAUGAAGUGCCUCAUAAGAAGGAGUCAGCCUUUAUUAUCAGACAUUAUGCUGGGAAAGUGAAGUAUCAGGUCAUUGACUUUAGAGAAAAGAACUUGGACCUGAUGCGGCCUGAGGUGAUUUGUGUACUAAAGAACAGUCGCUUCAGCAUCGUACGAGAGGUAGCUGGUGCUGACCCUGUUGCUGUGUUCCGGUGGUCCAUCCUGAGGGCAUUUUUCCGUGCUGUUAGUGCUUUUCAUACUGCAGCAGUAAAGUGUGCAGGAAGGAAAGGGCAUGAAGAUCAAAGAAAAACUCCAAAGCAAAAGAUAUGUAUUGACAACUCCAAGAUUUUAGCAGCAAUUGAAAACACACAGAUGAGACUGAGAAAGACUCGUCAUAACCGGUCACGGGUGCGGCCCCAUGGUCCACGUCAUCAGAAGAACCUCAAGACUGUGAAGGCCCUUGUCCAGAAAACUCAGUCACUCACACUGCAGGGUCGACUUCCUGGAUCCAGAAAACCUUCACACACCGUGACCGGCCAGUUUCAAUUGUCGCUGCAGACACUCAUGGAGGCCCUCAAUACAGCAAACCCAUUUUUUAUCAGAUGUAUCAAGAGCAAUGCAAAUAAGGCACCAAACAUGUUUGAUGAUGAAAUGGUGAUGCGCCAACUGAGGUAUACAGGCAUGUUAGAAACUGUACGCAUCAGACAGGCUGGCUUCAAUGUGCGACUCUCCUAUGAGGAAUUCAUCCAUCACUACAGAAUACUCUUGCCCAAGGCUUUGCUGAGCUCCCAGGCAGAUGUUACAUCCUUCUUGGAAGAGAUGAAUUUAAUGGAGAGUGAAUACCAGAUGGGAAACACUAAGAUUUUUAUGCGAGAGUCUCAGAAGCAGAAACUUGACACACAUCUGCACCAGACAAUCCUCUCUCAAAUCAUAGUCAUCCAGCGCUGGUACAGAACCGUUCACCAGCGCAGAAACUUUUUGAACUUCAGAGCCAUGGUGAUUAAGAUUCAGUGUCAGGUUCGAAGUUGGCUUGCACAGCAAGCAGUGAACAAGAUGCGCAUUAGACAUAAUGCUGCUGUAUUUAUUCAGAAAAUUUGGCGUGGAUAUUCUGUAAGAAAAUGGUAUCAGAACUUCCACAGAGCACUCAUAGUCUUCCAGGCUUGUUCCCGAGGAAAUCUCGCCCGACAAAAAUUCCAGGUGAUGUUAGAAGAAUGGAAGCAAAAGAAAGAGAGAGGUGAAACAAAGAGGCUAAAGGAAGAGGAAAGUUCAGACCUCAAAGGGAAAGAAAACUCAGGAUACAAAGACGUAAGCUCAGUUACAUCCAUCACUACAAAGGACUCGAGCAGCACUGGGGCUGCUGAAGUUACUGAGGCAAGUGAGCCAGCUCAGCCCCCACCAAGGAGAAAGUCCAACCUGCAGAAUACACAAGGCUAUAAGCUUCAGAGAAGACAAAGUGAGCAGUUACUCACAGAGAGAAGGGCCUCUGAAACUCUGCAACCACUCAACCAAAAUCUUGCAAGACGUCUUAGUGAGGCUGGUCUGCUCCAACAUCAAUCCUCUCAAGAUACACUUUUACAAAUGGUACCUAGAAAGGAUGAUGAGAAUAUGCAAAAACAGCUGCCUCCUCCAGCAUCAUCCAGCAUCACCACUGAAGGGGAGAGGCAAGCACACAAGCCCAAGUCAUUUAGACAUCGCCCAUACACCAAGACUCCAUUGGCCAAUCAGAGGGCAGAGAGUGUAUCAGUUUCAGCAACUCUGAGCUCAGGUCAAACAGAGGGAAGAUUCAACUCUGGUGCUAAAGAGGAGGGUGCCAGGCAGCAGCAGCAGCAGCAGCAGCAGCAUCCCCCACAGUCUGAUCCUCUUGGCAAACAAAAAAUUUCUAGGCAAUUUAAGAAACCAUUCAAGAAGAUGAUCAUGGGUAAACGUGAGGAAAGCUUUAGUGAAAAUGAAGAUGUAAUGAUUGAGUCCCUGCCCCAAACACCCACAAGCCCUGCAGAAAGUCAUCAUAGUUUCCCUGCAGUCUGUGGGACAGAAACUUCCUUUAUAAAAGAGAGAAGUGCUAGCAGCAGUAGCACAACCAGUAGCCAGCCUAGAUCUUCGAGGGAAGAUCAGCCCAGAGCCAAGGAACCUCUUAAGCCUUCAUCUAGUCUCCCAGAUGUUAUUCAGGGAUUUUCAAGCUUAGAGCAAGGUGUGAGCUCUGCGUCCCAGCCUUCAGUUGGUGAUGAAACGCCAGCUCUCAAACAUAUCCUGGCUAAUUCUCCCCAUUCACUGAAGCAGUCCACUCUUCUAAAGAAGGAAUUAUGUACUGCCUGUGACAAGCCAUUCACUGGAUUUUUCAUUAAUUCUGGUUACAAGUGUUUAAGUUGUAAAAAAGUCUUCCAUGUACAAUGUGUCAAGUGUGCACUUAAAGUUCCUUGCCAAGAAACCCCACAAUGUGGAAAGGAAAAUGCCAGUCCUCAAAUCAAGAAACCUCGACGUAUGGAACAAGAGGAAAAUUGGAAUUUAACAAGAACCUCAGAGUUCAUUGAUAAGUCUGAUGAAGUUAUCAAAGAUGCUCAUGAGCUGAGAUGCCUGGAUGAAUACAUCAGAAGAAAGUUACAUGACCUGGAGGAAAAGGAGGUUUAUAAGGCAGACACUCGCUCACAGAGCCUGGACCGCUCCUCUUCUAGGGAUUCUGCAGCCAAAGAACUUGAUUUAAGCCUUCGAUUACGGGAUCGUAAAGAUUCCCAAGUAGACCAGAUGUUUUGCCUGUCUUUGAGAGAGUUCAAGAACAAUUUAGUCUCUACUUAUUCUGUGGAAUUUCAGAAAGACUCUCCUGACCUCAUCCUCAAGUAUAAAGACCUCAUCAAGAGCUUUGAACAGGUGAUGAAUACUGUGUGUAAAGAAAAAAUGGAGAAUGAUACAUUUCCUGUUACCAUGGGAGUUAAUGCUUUCCGAGGAUUUCUGGAUGAGUUCAUCCGAGAAAAGAAGAAACCUGUUGAAGAAAAACUUAGAAGGAAGAGACACAGGCGUAAAAAGAAAAAGGUAGAAGAAGUGGUUCAUGGAAGUCAUGUAUUUACUCAAAGCACAGUCAAUAUUCCCACUCAGUGUGAAUUGUGCAACUCAUUCAUAUGGCUCUCCAUGAAAGUUCUCACCUGCCAAAAGUGCAAAGUUACGUGUCACUUGAAGUGCUACAAGAAAGCAGACCUUAAAUGUGUUCAGGAUGGACCAAAGCCUGUUGUAGUUGGAACUGGUGCAACUCCUUCUAGGAACCGGGUGUUUGGUGUGCCUCUAGAACAGUUGGUUCGUUCUGGUGGAAAAAUCCCCUUAGUAGUAGAUCGUCUCAUUACUAGUAUAGAACUUUAUGGACUUUACACUGAAGGUCUGUACCGCAAGUCUGGAGCCCAAACCAAGGUACGGGCAGUCAAGGCGCAUAUUGAGAGGGACCCAGACGGUGUUGACUUUAAUAAUACUCCUAUCCAUGUGAUGGCCACCAUACUUAAAUUUUUCUUAAGGGAGUUGCCUGAGCCACUCCUCACCUAUGACUGCUAUGAUACCCUUCUUCAUGCUACUGAGUUGCAAGAUGAGGAAGAUCAGCUUCAUACCAUCUUCAGUAUCAUCAAGGGCAUCCCCAAGUUAAAUUUCUAUCUUCUUGAGAGAUUAGUCUUCCACAUGGUGAGAGUGGCACAACACGAAGAACACAAUCGUAUGACUGCUAAUGCCCUGGCCAUUGUGUUUGCCCCAUGCAUACUUCGCAGCCAGCGAUCUCAAACUGUUCAAGACUCUCUCAAUGAUGUUGCCAAACAGACUACGGUUGUAGAAAUAAUAGUAACACGGCAACUGCGACAAGUACAGAUGACUCUACAAGACAUUGAUUGUGUGGAUAGUGAAACUGCUUCUACUGGGGAGCGCUUGGAUUACAUUCGUUCAUCAAAGCCACGACCAUAUGGCAGAUGUGCUUCCCAAAUUGAAGGGGCAUCAACUUCCACUAUACCAGAAGGUUCAUCAGUUGUUAGUAUGCAGAGUGGAUUUAGUGGUCCAAGUGAAGAGGAUUUAGAAGAAAGGCUAGAAAAUCUGCGUGACACUCGAAUUCGCUUAGAAAUUCAGCUACCUGCUCUAGCACGUGUGAGCUCUGAAGAGGACCUUUUGUCUACUGAUAUGUCACUUGCUGGAUCCAUGGAAGAUAUAUAUGGAACACCUAGUCCCUUAGCACCAUAUGACCAUGGAUGUAAGGAAACCAUUUCUGAAGAUUCAGGUAUGCUCCUCAUCCCAGGUGACAUAGCUGGAAAACAGAAGGAAGAAGCUUCAUCAUGGAAGCCAGAAAAGAAUAGUGAAGAUGGAAGUGUCACAUCAAGGCUGCACCAGGAUUUUAGCGAUGAUGCUGUCAUGGUAUAGUGCCUUUAUAUUAGGAUUGCCAGAUAUUAGUAUCAUUUUGUCUCACCCAACAUAGGAAACAUUUGUAUUAUCUCAUUUGCAAUAUUUAUGUGAGUUUCUGAUUUAGCAGUGAAAUUUUGUUAAUGUCUGUAGCAAAUCAGAUUUUCUAGAAAAUAUAUUUUUCUAAGUACAGUAGAUAAGUGCAAUGGCAACAAAAGUUUUAAAUCUGAAAAUUUACAGAACAAUCCAAAAGUCUGUGAACAAGGUGUGAUGUGUUCCUUACUACAUAGAAAUACUUAAGGUAAAUAACUUUUUAUAUCAGAUAAGUUAUGUGCAGUGUUCAUGUUUUUAUUUGCUCAUUUCUUGAAAUAUAUCUCAGUGUGAUCUUAAUGUAAAUACUUUUUAGCUUGUAUAAUCUGUUUUGAUAAUUUGCUGAUCUGUAAAUGCAGGCAUUGUGAAAAUUGACUACCCCAGUAACAAUGGGAUUGUGAUACUCAGAAGAUUUAGAGUCGUUAGAUUCAAUGUUGUUCAGCUUUGUAAGAUAAUUAUUUGAGACAGUAAGAAUAUCCAUUUCUCAAUUUGUUAUUUUACUGUUGAGUGACUAAAGAAGCUUUUUACACCCCAUCUAAGUUUUUUUCUGAACUUAAAUUUUCAUUAAAAUGCUUCCCUUAAAUUUAAGCCAUUUCUUGCCAUUUUCAGUUUCUUUAAGCCUACUUUUAUUUUAUUUCAUUAAUUUUUAAUUUUCCCUUCCAUCAUUUUUAUUAUGUUCAUACAGUAGUAGGUAUUUGUGAUAAAGAGCCAUGUGUGAGGUAGAGAUUUGUAAGACUCAAUAAAACUGCAGGAAUACGCUCUGCAGUUCUGUCAUAGCUGUGCCAGGAUGGCACACUUAUAAAUUUAUAGUAUUUAUAUUCUUCCAUCUCUACCUAGUGCACUGUGUUCAAUUGCAGAAUGAGCAAUGCUUGCAAAGCAUAUUCCUGCAGUUCUGUAUUUUUUUAUGGGUGGGGGAGAUGGGGCACUAUUUUUAGUGAGCACCCUGACCCAAGAGCUUUCAAAUGAUAUGCUUUGCAUGGUUGCAUGAGACCACAAAGAUUUAAAAGUAUUAAUUGAUUGCCACUAUAACUAUACUGCUGCUGUUUCCUCAUUCUAAGAACUACAACAUAAUUUUGUUGUUGUUACAGCUUAUCGAGCUGGCAAAUAUAAAAGGUACAGUAGUACAACAUCA